AUGGCAAAUACAGCUUCUACUAAUAAUAGAAAUGUAAAUGAAAUUGCUAAAUUUAAAUUUUUCAAGAAAAGACGGCAGAAUUUGCACGCGCAUGGCCCUUCUGAUUCUACUUCAUACAAUGUGCAACACUCUCAGAGUUUCUCACGUGGAGCAAAUUCAAGUGCUGAAAAUAGCAGAAAUUCUCGUAGAAAAAUACUAGACUCUCAGCCUUUGAACUCAUUCAAAGGAUUUCUCAAAGACUCCGAAGAGAACGAUAAAACACAAUGCUCUACAAAUGAACAUAAUCUUGAUUUAUCUGAUAUCACAGACGAUGGUCAAAAUAAUCUAUACCCUAAGCGCCCAAACAUUGAUCUUCGCAAAUGUGUUCCUAUAUACUACAUAUCAUGGAUUCGUGAUCAAUUAUUAUACGGAAAUUGUAACAUAUCUAUUUCAAAUAGUAAUGAACGGAAGGUUGAAGAGAUUUUGCAUUGCCAAAAGAUUAAAAUUGAGAAUUUAAAGAAACAUCCUGACAUAAAUAAUAGUAAUAUUGAAAUAUUACGUUUGUUAUACUCUAGACAUAUGGCACUUUACAAAUCAUACUUAAAUCUUGUUAGAGAACCUCCUUCUCUAAAUAGAUUCAGUAGUUUUGCUACUACAAAUGGUGUUUAUAUAAGAAUGGUAAAGAUGGAUGGACAAGGGUCGUCUUUAUUUGAUUAUAACGAUAUAGAUAUAGGAAAUUUUUCUCAAAUUGAAGGUUGUAAUUUAACACAUGAUAGUAUCAUUGCUAACUUUAUUAGAGGGCCAUAUGAUUCAUUUGGUUCUCAAGCAGGGACAAAUGAAUCCAGUUUUUAUAUUGAUGAACAUCAUGUUGAAGGCCCAACAUUUAUAAACUCUUCCCAUUUACCUUCAAAUAAGAGUAUACCUAUGGAAUUUCUUCCUCUUAAAAUGGGUAAAGAAUAUUUGGGAGAUUGGUGUGAGAGUUGGUAUCGCAAAGAAGCUAUAGCUCAAAGUUUAUGGGAUAGGGCAACAAAGGAACUUAUUAUUGUAAAGGCACUAGUGAAUAUUCAAUCUAUUCCUUUGACCGAAUUUGAGGGUUUUGAUAUUUCCAAUGUUAGUGCUGGUGAAAGAUUUUGGGCACCUUUAUACAUUGCCGAAAGACUUUGUUACUUAGGUCUUGUAUAUAUUGAAAUCCCCUUUUGGCUAUUGCCUGAUUUCUUAAAGGAGUUAUAUGAGAAAGAAAAUAAUAUUCAGGGAAGUCUAUCGGAGCUUCCUUCGGAAUAUUUUUUUGAGAUUGCGUAUGCUUUUAUGUCCCAUUCAUUAUUUAAAAGAAUUUGUUUCCCUCCAUCAAAAACAAAAUUAUCUGAGCAGACAAUCUUCAUUGUUAUUUCAAAAGCAUCUGGUAUUGUAGAAGAUAUUAAGGAAUGCCGCGAAAAUAAAAUUCGUGCAUUUAUAUCAACCUUAAAGUCUCAAAACGUGUUUACAAUGCAAAAUCUGCAAUUUUCUGAAACAUAUAUAUUAUCGCAAUUUUUAGGGGCAUUUUGGCCGCCAACAAUUAAAUAUACAACGCAAUCUGAUGCUAAGCAUUGGAAAGAACAUUUUAAAGAGUUAACUAAGCAAUUGAAAGAUAUUGUAAUGAAAAAUAGUUAA